CCCUUUCCAAGAAGGACCGACAUGGGAAACCCAUGAUGAUGUCAAAGCGGAUCAAACCGGGAUUCCGCUCCCGUCCCCAGCGCGCUCUGCUCUGUUGCUCUACAGCAAUACUGAGGCAAAUAGAAAAUGCGGCAGGUGCCAUUUUCACACGCAUGGGUGUAGAAGUGAAGUACUAAUAGUUGAGGAAAUAUGGACGGUGUUCAUUUAGGUGUUUCAUCCACAAUACAGUACAAGCAAACGCAGCAUAUUUCCUUGUCAUAGCGAGGUCUCCCCUCAGCUGCUUAAUUCUCUGCCCUCCAGAUCCAGCUGCUCUCCUACUGAUGGGGCUCUGACAGUACAGACGGACCCAACGCGACCGCGACACAACCAUCCCUCCUAAAACGGAAUAUGCGUAAACGCACGGCACAUUUUGGGGAGAGACGCCGCACAGUCACAGCAAGCUACUAAUGAGACAAUAGCCUAUUUCUCACCAUCAACCUAAAAUACAUAUCGUGCUUCGUGGUCGGUCUGGAACGUUCCGGGGUUUCCUUUUCGAGAGCGUUCGUCCCCCCGGUGUGAUAUUUGACAGGUCUCUUUGUUGGGUGGAGUCAAGUCCGGAAUUCUCGAUAUUGGAUUCAUCACUGGCAUCAUUUCAGGUCAUCAUCAUGAAGGACAGUGUGGUCAACAACAGCACAGCCAGCAUCUCCCACGCAAGGAAAGCUGUGGAACAACUCAAGAUGGAGGCUUGUAUGGACAGGAUAAAGGUGUCCAAAGCAGCAGCGGACCUGAUGGCGUAUUGCGACGCACACAUACGUGAGGACCCCCUCAUCGUGCCCGUGCCCGCCUCGGAGAACCCCUUCCGGGAGAAGAAGUUAUUCUGCACCAUCCUCUGAUGCCCAGUAGGGGGCAGACCAGCCUUAGGCCGGGCCCUGGUUCAGGCAUGGAAUAACGCCUGGCGUCUCCUCUUCUGUCUUCACCGUACCUGAAGCUAACAACACGCUGUGAACGUAACCAGGAAGUGACUGCCCUUUCAGCCUUGUAGUUUUUCAACUUUUAGAGAUUUUUUUUCUUUUUUCUAAUGGUCUUCAAGUGCAAAUAAAAAACAUGUGAAAAUGUUCAUUAAAAAAAAGCUUCAUGAAAAGGCAUCUGAUAGAAGUAAAUUCAUCCACAAACACGAAUAUAAUUACACAUAUCACAAAUGUUAUGAUAUAAUCUUGAAGCCCAUUGAAAAGAUGGGCACAGUAAAGUGGAAGUGAUAAUUCCUUUCACAGUGAACUAACUUUACUACCAACUGGCAUAACAUCUUACUGGCUACUGUUGAAUUGAGGUUGCCAGAUACACACUGUUGUUGUUGGUCAGCUCUGUCCCUAGGGGCUGAAGGGUUGGGCGGAUUAGAUACCUUUUUAAAUCUGGCAACCCUAGUGAGCUUAUUUGAGUGUAAAAGUCCGACUCCAUUUAUUUGAGAACUUUUCCCUUUGGAAAAAAGUUCUUCCAAAUAUAAAUACAUUAAAGUACAACAACAAAAACGUUUAAAAGAAAAAUGUAGUGUUUUUGUUUUACACAUUUGCAAAAUUCAAGAUGGUCUCUAAUGCUGCACUCUGUUAUCAGCCCCUUGCUUGUGGAAAGAAUAGAGCAGUAAAUGUCAUGAGAAUACCUGAAGCACCUUUCGAGAUGUACCUUUUGUUAAGUAAAUCAUGUGAUAAAUGAGGUUCCAGGGAGGCUGGAGUGAGUCUU